AAGCGCUCUGGCUGCGGUGCUGAAUGAAAAAGCCGCCGCCGCGGCAGGCAUGGGAGCGGGAAGGCGGGCUUGGAAUGCCGCGCUAACUAAGCUAGGCUGCGCGUGGGCGCUUAUUUCCACCCCGCUCCCUCCCACCUCGCCCUGCUCUCCCGCGCUCUUGCUGCUGCUGGGGCUGGAGAUGGGGAUGGUCCACGCACUGGCGCCAUCACGUGUUUUUCUCCUAGGAGUGAGACGGAGUGUCGGCGGCGGCGGCUGGAGGGGGCUGGACUCAUAAUAAACACAGACGGCAGCCGCUUGUUUUGGUUCGCGGGGGCUCUUCGGGAAAGUCUGCGGAGUUGCAGCUACUGCAGGCGCCGCCGCAAGCAGCAGCAGCAGCAGCCCGAGGAGGGAGAGGGAGAGACAAGCCAGCGAGCAAAGCAAGCAAGCAAGUCCGGCGGCUGCUGUUUCCCCCCCUCGCUCGCCUCCUUCAUCCUGGGGCGCACGAGGAGGAAGAGGACGUAGCGGUGGUGCAGGAGGGAGACGGAUUCCGCCGCCGCCGCCGCUGCUGCGAGUGCCCUCCGAGACUUUCCCGACUGGAAUGAAGAAGAGGCGGAGGAGGUGGAAGCAGGAGCCGCCGCCGCCGCCGCGAGGAUGUUCCUCCUCCUUCUCCUCCGCUCGGGCAGCUUCCCCUCCUCGCCUUCUCCUUCCCGGCUCUCGCCCCUGCAGCCGCCUGCCCGCGUUUUGUGUCGAAAUGGCACUUUCUCGCCCUAACCAGACGGGACUGAAUGGGGUCGCCAGUCUUCUCCUGCACAAGCUGAAGAAGCUGCAGUCUCAGCGGCGCUGAUUCCCCCCCCCCGAUAUUUUGUUUGUUUGGGUUCUUUUCGACGCGCCCCCCCCCCCGCCCAAUCUCUCUCUCUCCCGCGAAGGAUAUUUUGACUGACAUUUUUUUGGCGGGGAAGAAAAACAAGGUGGUUGGCGUGGUGUUUUGACUGACUGUUGUUGUUUUUUUGCUUUCGGAAAGAAGGGUUGCCUGCGUUCACGACGGAGACUUUCCUCCCUUCUCCUCUUAUUAUUUUUUUUGCAAAAGCAAAUCUUCCCUUCCCAACGCGAGAGGAUAUUUAAUCGGCAUCUGAAAUUCGCUCCUUGCUGAGGGGUAACUUGAGAAGGGGAGGGGGCUGUUUGUUUGGGAGGGAAGCGACGGGGGAACCCCAUCCUGCUCCCGUCGCUGGAGGAAUUUCCACCCCUCACGGAUGAAAUUAUGCACUUCUCCCCUUUCCCGGCGGCUGCUCGGACGAGACUUUCCUGGACUGGACUUUUGAAAGCCACGUUUCUCCUGCGAAGGGUGAUUUGGAAAUAAAAACAGCAACCCAAACUCUGCUUCUGGAGCUGGAAGGACGCUGAACAGCUGCUCUCUUGCCUGCUACUCUCUUCCUAUCCCCUUUUUGGAGGGGGGAGGUUUGCAGUGCUGUUUUGCUGGGGUUUUGUUUUGUUUGGUUGCUGCUGCUGCAAGAAUUGGAUUUUGGGCUGCUCCGUUAGUUCUCUUUUGUUGUUGUUGCUUUGUUUCCCCCUCUGCUGUUUUGGAAGCUGCCUGUUUGCAGUAGGAGAGCUGCUCUGCCACCUCUCUCCCCUUCCAGCAUGGCGAGCCCCACGGAUAAUAACGAGGGCUUCUUCUCAGAUGUCAGGAAGGUGGGUUACUUGCGCAAACCCAAGAGCAUGCACAAGCGCUUCUUCGUGCUGAGGGCAGCCAGCGAGUCCGGACCCGCCCGGCUGGAGUACUAUGAAAAUGAAAAGAAGUGGAGGCACAAGUCGGGGGGCCCCAAGCGCUCUAUCCCGCUGGAGAGCUGCUUCAACAUCAACAAGAGGGCAGACUCCAAAAAUAAGUACCUUGUGGCGCUCUACACUAAGGACGAACACUUUGCCAUUGCUGCUGACAGCGAGCCUGAGCAGGAGAGUUGGUACCAGGCUCUGCUACAACUGCACAACCGGGCCAAGAGCCAUCAGCACCACCAUCACCACCACCACCAUCAUCACCACCACCACCACGGGGAUGUCACCAUGGGUGGUGGAAGCAUUGGGAUGGGAGAGGCAGGGGAGGACACCUAUGGUGAUAUGGCUCCUGGCCCAGCAUUCAAGGAAGUUUGGCAGGUGAUCUUGAAACCCAAGGGUCUGGGCCAGACUAAGAAUCUGAUCGGCAUCUACCGCCUGUGCCUAACCAACAAGACCAUCAGCUUCGUCAAGCUGAACUCUGACGCGGCAGCCGUGGUGCUGCAGCUGCUCAACAUCCGGCGGUGUGGCCACUCGGAGAACUUCUUUUUCAUUGAGGUGGGGCGUUCUGCGGUCACCGGACCAGGUGAGUUCUGGAUGCAAGUAGAUGACUCGGUAGUAGCCCAGAACAUGCAUGAGACCAUCUUGGAGGCUAUGCGGGCCAUGAGCGAGGAGUUCCGCCCCCGUAGCAAAAGCCAGUCCUCCUCCAACUGCUCCAACCCUAUAUCGGUGCCUCUCCGCAGCAGGCACCAUGUCAACAACCCCCCACCCAGCCAGGUGGGGCUCAGCCGUAGGUCCAGGACUGAGAGCGUGACAGCUACCUCUCCUGCUGGCAGUGGUGUGGGAGGAGGGACAGGGGGCAAGCCCAACUCUUUCCGUGUCAGAGCCUCCAGUGAUGGAGAAGGUACCAUGUCCAGGCCAGCUUCGGUGGACGGGAGCCCAGUUAGCCCAAGCGCCAACCGGACCAACUCGCACAGGCACCGUGGCAGCUCUAGGCUCCACCCCCCUCUCAACCACAGCCGCUCCAUCCCAAUGCCUUCCUCGCGCUGCUCCCCUUCUGCUACGAGCCCGGUCAGCCUGUCGUCCAGCAGCACAAGUGGCCACGGCUCCACCUCGGACUGCCUCUUCCCGCGUCGCUCCAGCGCUUCGGUCUCUGGCUCCCCCAGCGACGGGGGCUUCAUCUCGUCAGACGAGUAUGGAUCCAGUCCCUGUGACUUCCGCAGCUCCUUCCGCAGCGUGACCCCUGAUUCUCUAGGACACACCCCACCUGCCCGGGGAGACGAGGAGCUCAGCAACUACAUAUGCAUGGGAGGGAAGGCUGCUUCGUCCUGCUGCAGCAUCGCAGCUCCUAAUGGUCAUUUCACCCCCCGCACUUGCCACCUUCAACAGCAGCAGACCCGCUGCCCUGCUGCCCCCUGCUGCCCCCGCCUUGGCGGUGAGGAUGUGGGUGAUCCGGAGAAAGGCUUCAGGAAAAGGACUCAUUCAGCUGGUACCUCCCCUACCAUCUCCCACCAGAAGACUCCCUCGCAGUCUUCAGUGGCCUCCAUUGAGGAAUAUACCGAGAUGCUCCCCUCUUAUUCCUGUGGCGGCAGCAGGCUCUCCUCCUAUCGACAUUCUGCCUUUGUACCAACCCAUUCUUACCCUGAGGAGUGUCUAGAGAUGCAUCAGGUGGAGGGCAACCACCACCGGACCAACUCUACCCCACACACUGAUGAUGGCUACAUGCCAAUGUUGCCAGGAGUGGCCCCAGUUCCCAAUGGUGGUAGUACUCCCAAAGGUGGUGAUUAUAUGCCCAUGAGCCCUAAGAGUGUGUCUGCCCCACAGCAGAUCAUCAACCCUGGGAGAGGAGGCCGUCAUGUACAGGCCACAGUGGACUCCAAUGGCUACAUGAUGAUGUCUCCCAGCGGCAGCUGCUCUCCAGACAGUGGUUCUGCUGCCUACAGCAAAUUAUGGAUGAAUGGGACUAGCCACCACCCCAAGCUCUCCGUGGAGAGCAAUGAGGGGAAGCUGCCGAGUGGUGGGAGCGAUUACAUCAACAUGUCUCCAGCUAGUGGAUCUGCUACCAGCACCCCUCCAGAUUGCUACUUCGCCAGCUCAGGACCUCCAGGCCCAGAAGAGCCAUCUGUGCAAGGACCCACCCGGUCCCACCACAAGCCCAUCUACUCCUACUUCUCCCUGCCACGUUCCUUCAAGCACAUGCAACGCAGGACAGGCGAAGAGGGAAAUGCCCAGAUGCGGAUGUCCUUUAGCUCCGGCCGCUUGCUCUACGCUGCUGCCGAGGACUCCUCCUCCUCCACUAGUAGUGACAGCCUCGGUGGCCCUGGGGGACAGGAGGGUGUGGGGUAUGCCCUUCCCGCACAGACACAGCCAUUGCAGCCUGCUCCUUCUUGUACUGUGGACGCAGCUGUGCGGACCAAGAGCCGCCUAGCCAGGCCUACCCGGCUGUCCUUGGAUGGCCCAAAGGCCAGCACUCUGCCUCGGGCUCGGGAACAGCUCCCAGAGCCCAAAAGCCCUGGUGAGUACGUGAACAUUGAGUUCAAGCAACCUGCCUUCCCGUCGCCUUUGCCCCACGGAGAUGCUGGCUCUAGCUCAGAGGAGUAUAUGAAUAUGGACUGGGGGGCAGCUUGCCCAGCUACCUUGGCAUCCAUGCAGCCAAGCCGGGCCGGGGCAGCUCCCCCCGGUGGCCGAGACUAUAUGAGCAUGCAGCUGGGCAACGGGGGGCAGUAUGUAGUGUGUGCCCACACCCCCUCUCCUCCCCCUCCGGCCCUCCUGCUCAGCUACGCUGACAUGAGGAUGGGUCGCGGCAGGCCGGAGAAAAGCCCCCCACCUGUGGGCCUGCCUUCUCAACACCCCCAGGCGCAGCCGGGGGAGCUGCCGGCUGUCUUGCCCCACUCGUCCAUGAUGGGGCCCCCGGGGAUGAGCAGCGCCUUCACGCACGUCAGCCUGAGCCCCAGCCGCAGCAACCAGAGUGCCAAAGUGAUUCGUGCUGACCCUCAGGGAGGCCGGCGGCGCCACAGCUCCGAGACGUUUGCUUCCUCGACCACGCCUGGUGGUGGCCUUGGGGCCUCAGCCCUGCCCCACGGACCAGGAGGAGGCUCUGAAGACGCCAAGCGCCACAGCUCAGCCUCCUUCGAAAACGUCUGGCUCAAGCCUGCAUCUGGGGAGGCAGGGGCCUUCUCCGGCCUUGGCACAGCGGCGUUCAGGAGGGAUCAGGCAGCUGGGGGUGGCGUGGAGAAUGGGCUCAAUUACAUCGACCUGGACUUAGUGAAGGAUUUUAAUCACCGCCAGCAUCAUCCCCACCCCCACCCUCAGGAGAGCGCUUCUCUGCUAGGGGUCAAGCAGCCGACACAGCAGCAUCAGCCACCUAAAUCUCCUAAUCAGCCUUGUGGGAGUAGCCACUUGGGUGAUGAAUUAAGUGCAUAUGCCAGCAUCAGCUUCCACAAGCGGGAGGACAUCCAGUAGCUGGGCAAGAGCCAGAGACAAGGUGAGCAUGCUGUGAGCUAAUGGUUGGUUCAUAGGGGUGGGGUGGGGAUACUGCUUUGGACUAUUGCAAAAAAGAUGACUUGAACUGGUACCCCCAGUAAGCCCUUAAAUGAACAAUCUCUCAGCUAGGCAUCAUGGGUUAGGUCACAUUUCGUUAGUUGGUUUAAAUUAUGUAACCGUUAAUAGAUCUGACCGUUCUGCCAUCUACUUGUGCACUGCAUCUAGUCCCCUAUUUUGCCCCUGGUCACCCCUACAUACCGUGUGUGUGUGUGUGUGUGUGUAGAGCUCCUCAGUUUACUGGUGAGUUAGAACUGGAACAAGUCUGUUUUAAAGGACGGGUGGUCAGGGCAUACAAAUCCCAUUAAUUCUGGUUAAGGAGGGUUAGGUCUGUUAUAUUGCUCUGUUUAUGGUCAUAAUAUAAACAUUUGUCAAGGAAACAAAGUCCUAUGAAAGGAUUGUUAAUAGGGAAAGGAGGAAGUCACUGCUGCUAGAUAGCAAACAUGAGAUGAAAUCUCAGGCUAUGCUUGGUUUUGAAGCCUGGUUAAUACUGGUUAAUAUAUCUCAAACAAACAAAAUCUGUCUUGCUUUGUGUUUUGCUGUGUAAUAUCCCUUUCUAAUAUCCUUUCUAAUGGCAUUUGAUCUGGAAAUUGAGGCAGUUGCACAAAGGGGGGGAAUCAUUGCAAAAAUGUUGCAGCUGUUUAAAACCCUGAUAGUGGGAUAUUAAAUGGGUUUCUUUGUUUCUCAUUUGCUUUUGUAGCUUUAGAAACAAUAUAUCGUGUAAUACAGCACUCCCAAAGCAUAAUCUUUUACGUGUAGACACCAUUGUUAUUGUUGUUAUUAUCGUUGCUACUACAUUAUACUUUUCUCUAUGAAAUCCCCUAAUCCACUUUUGGCUGAGACUCUGAGAAGUGUCUUUGUGAAUAUUCUGCUGUCCUACUUGUUUAACCUUCAGAAAACUGCCGUCUAAAAGAAAGGAAUCCUGUGUUUGCGUGUUCCUGAGCAAGUGUGCAUGCUGCAUAUGAGAAAGAGGUGUGGUCUUUAACUUAGGGCAUGAAAGCUGGAAUUGGAAACCUCUGCAGUCUAAUCCUGAAUGAGCCAGUGACAAGUUUUGUGGCUCCGGGCAAGUUUUCCUAUGCGUAGAAUACGUGUAGUAAUACUUACCUCAAUGGGUUGCUAUGGGGAUUAAUUACCAGUAGAUGAUGUUUGCAAAGCACAGUGUAUAUGAAACAAAAGGCACACUAACUUAGAAUAUGCUUGACGUUGUUGAGAAGGCUUUCCUGCAGUUGUGUUGCAUUGAGCAAAAGUAGAUGAAUGAGCAGUUCUUAAAUAGUAAAUUAAGCAGAAUUUCCAUAAACUUUCUGCAUUUAAAUUAUGGUGAUGAGUGAAGUAGCAAAGAGAAUGUUUUAGGUUCGUUUAUGGUCCCAUGAGUCUGCACAAGGAAGCAUAAUAAAAUAAUGAGAUGCUUUAUCACCGCUGUAGGUUUUCCAGGGUGUGUGUACUGCUGAUACGAAUAUGGCUGCCACUCUUACAGUGUUUCUUCCACUCAUUAUGCUUGUCAAAAUCUUGAUGUUCUGCAGUUAUGAUUCUGCCCUGAGCUUUGUAUUAUCACACUCCUCCUGAUCUGACCUCUUCCUACUACCCCCGUUAUCUUUGAUCCAUGGCAAUUACUGGUGAGACGUAGGAAAUGUUUGUACUGGCACAGAUGGAGGCAAAUUCAGCAGUGUGCUUUUUGAUCUUAGAAUGUCAUAACAAACACUUCUUCUGUUCUGUGACGUGUUUUAAUUAUGUGUUUGCUGGGUAUAAGUACUAACAGUGUUGAGAGAUGGGAGUGGUAAAUGCCCUUACAAAGCACAGAGGUGGUUUUCCUGUAGUUGAAUACGUGAGGAUUGAAAAUGAAAACUGUGAAUACCCAGAAUAAACAUUUUGCACCAUCAAAAAACAAAGUAAGCACCUUUAUUACUGCUUUUUACUACAUAGCAAAUCACAAAUUAUCAUAUAGGUCCUGUUGCUUCUCCUGUGUGCACCAGGUAGAUUUUUAAGUAGCUAUAUUUAUUACAUUCAUAUUCCACCUUUCCUAGAAAAAGCUUGAGGUGUUGUACAUGGUUCUGCACCUCCUUGUUUUAUCUACACAACAACCCUUUGUAGUAGUUUAUACUGACAGUGACUGGCCCAAGAUCGCCUAGUGAGCUUCAUCGCUGUGGGUAUUUGAACCUGGGUCUCCAAGUCCUGUUCCAACACUCUAACCACUUACUGCCUUUAAAUUUCAAUGUGAGGGCCAUCUGGAAUGGGUGCUUUAGUUGAGAUUCCUACAUUGCAGGGGGUUAGAUUAAAUGACCCUCAGGGCCCCUUCCAACUCUACAAUUCUAUGAUUCUAUAAAUGCAGAUAGUAAAGAUUUGUAGGCCGCCUUGCAAGUGCUUCUUAUAAUGAAAACAAUGUUUUUCAUGGAUGCGCUCUUGACAGCCACAUUAUUUGCAGUCACAAUAUCCCUGGCACAACUAUGAAUUGUUAUGGCGAGCCUCAUUCUUUUGCUGCCUAUUCAAAAUGUAGUCUAAAUAAUCUUCAUAACACCAUUCUCUAGAUUCCACUUUGUUUCUGCUCUUACUGACUUUCCCCAGACGCUUCAAUUCUAAGAGUUUAUAGCUUUGUUGCUGCAUAAUAUAUAUAAGCAGUUAAUUUCUUUGUUUUAUGGUCCUCGAUUUCCUCGGUUGUUCCUUUGUCAUGUUACCAGCAGAUCCUGAGAACAGUUACAGGGUAACACAACUUCUCAUGGAACACUGGUGACUAUGAAAGUGGGCUGCUUGGCUAAUGUUUUAUUCCUUGAUGGUUUGUCUAAUGGAAACCAUUGCUGUGCUGGACUUCUGUUGUUUGGUUGUUUCAAUAAAUCAGUUGUGGUUUUCAAGGGUGCUGUCCAGUGAACUAUGCAGAGCUCAAGUACCAUACUAGCACAAUCAUAUAGUGAAAUGUAGACAGACUCUUGCCCCUGAGCACUAUAUGUGUUGCUUUCUAAUAUUCAGCUAACUGAGCUAUCGUGGGGGUUUUCUGGGAGGAUGGAUGCGAUGCAGUCUUUUUAACAUUCUUCAGAGAAGGGUAGUGGGGAAAUUAAAUGUUGUAGAGAGUUCAGUUCCUCCUCACAUGGGAUCACAGUUCUCCCUUGCCUUCUUGGCUGAACAUAUGCAAUUCCUGAGACAUCUUAAAGUCGAGAGUAUUUACAUUUCCUGAUCCUCUUACGUUGCUCUUUUGAUGCUUUAUGAGAGGGGCUAUUUUGCUGCCAUUUUGUUUUUGUGCAUGUUAAGGCAGUGAAUAUUUUGCAUGUCCUGUUUGAAGCAAAAACCCAUGUCAAGUCUGCUGCAACCUGUAGAGUUUGGCUCUUCCUGUGCAUUUUUAAUAACUGCUGCGGUUUUCUUUUAGUUUGAUUCAUGGCUGAAGACAUUCUGUUCACUUCUCAUUCAGACAUAGGCAAGAACAGCGUUUAGACUGACAGAACUGCUUUGGCUGGGAGUGGAAUUCUGUUAGCAAUAUAGUUUCACUGAGCCAAGCAAUAAAGUCUGUUAUUGGCCUGUUUUUAGAUUGUUGACUGUGAAGAUGUCUUGGCCUCCGUUGCAUCUUUAUUCAGGUGAAACUGGGAAUAUAUCUAUGCUUAAGACUGUGCACAAAGAUAUACAAGCAGCAUUAAGUACUUCUGUGGAGGUUAUUUGGGCAGUCAUGCUUUAUUUGUUCAUUGCUCACACAUGUUUUAACUACAGGAAUACAUACCGCUGUUCUCUCCCUGGAAAAUAUUGGAUCAGUGAAGCUGUAUGUAGACAUCACACGUUUCUUGGCUAUGCUAUCUGUAAUGUAUUCUCUGUAGUUGACAGUGUUGCCCAGGGAAGGGAAAGAAUGAAGCCAAUGUUCUGUAAUGUUCACAUGAGCCAUUUUUCUUUCGAGGGCCACAUUCCUUUAAUACGAAAUCCAUUGCAGCCACACACACCAGUAGUGAGCAGGGUCCAUGUAUACAGGCAUUAGUCUCUGUAAAUAAAUGAGGCUAAGGAAGAGAAGAAAUAACUGAGAGAAGGAAUUGUUUGUAAGGCACCCAGCAAUACCCGCUAAAGGUGAAAAGAUAAAACAUAACUCUUGUUUCCUUGUUCGUGUUUUUAAAGGGGGAUUUGAAAGCCUAUUUAAGAUACUGGAAAGACUGACCUGUUAAUUUAAAUCACAGCUGCUGGAACCUUAGGGUGGGGUUCAGUGUUCGAAACUCCCAUUGUUCUAGGCACAUUUUGCGACAGGGAAUUUCAUUGGAGUGAGCAAUUUCUGAGCUCUGGUUGCAGUACUGCGCCUAAGAUUUCAGAUUAAAACUGCAGAGUGGAAACUGCAGAGUGGAAAGAAAGACCUUUUUUGUGCCUUCUCACUUCUGGCUACUCUCUGAAGACUGGAGAAGAGAUCCUCUUAAAAAUAUUAGAGAGGUGGGAUGGGCAGGGGAAGGACUAGACCAUGUGAAAAAUGAACAUAAAUUUUUAGCUACAGUUCCUUCAUUUUCAGCUUUGUAUUCUUAUUAAAAAAAGCGCACCUAGACAUUCCGUCAUUGCGCCCAUAACCCAGGUUUAAGGUGCCAUUUAGCUCCUAGCUUUCAUAUCUCAGUUUCUAACACUGGUGGGGAGAAGGAAAAGAGUUCUCUCUUCGGUGUAUUCUUGCUCACCCUAUGUAACUAUGCCCCCCAUUCACAGAACAAAAUGGAGGAAAGGGGGCAAAAGUGGGGAGUGUUAACAUCUGUGACCCACUCUAGGAAUGGGGUGCUUCUGUGGCAUGAACCCGCAAUCUCCUCUUCCUUGUCUCGCAGUUUGGUCUAAGGCAGAGUUUCCCAAACUUGGGUCUCCAGCUGUUUUUGAACUACAGUUCCCAUCAUCUUAACUAGCAGGAAGGUAUUGCAGUCCACAAUACGUAGCAGGGUAGGUAUUGUAGUCCAGAAACAGCUGGAGACCCAAGUUUGGGAAGCCCUGGUCUUAAAAAGUGAUUUUAAACCAAGCUUUGCUCAGGGCAGACCUGUUGAAAUUACAGUAAUGGCCUUAACUUUGCCAUGUUCAUUCACUUCAGUGGGUCAGGUCUGAGCAAAACCUAGCUGAAUGCCACCCUCUUGGUAGAUAUGCUUUGUAUCCUGUUCCUCCACUACAAGUUCAGCAAACUCUUCAAGGCAAAGGAACUUUAAAGAACAGAAGGCCAUGGAAAGCCAUGUGUGGGGGGGGGCAGGGAGAGAGAAAAGAAGGGGGGGGAGAUGUUCACUUGUACAUUCCUCCUUCGCUCGAUUUGUAUUAAACUGCUUGAUAGGUGCCUGGUGUUGUGUGUGCAUCUUGGUUGGCAGGGUGGGGUGGGGAAUACACUUCUUAAAAACCACCUCCUUCUCCCAGUUGCCAGACCAGACCAUAGGCAGGAAGCCAUAGCUGCUAUGCAAGAUCCACAAGGACAAUGUGGAAGCCCCGUUCCUGCUCUCUGUGAGGGAGGAACCCAAGAUGAGGGUGAAUUAAAGGGACAGUGACCUUCCUUCAGGUUUUGCAUGGUUUGGCUUAUUCUUGAAAGGAGGAACUUUACCCGCUGUCCACAGACAGCUUCAGGGAAUCCCAGUGAGGCAAGGGGGAUGCAGGGCUGAGUACCGAAGAACCACAUGCUGCACAGCUGGCAAAAGAGGAGCACCAAAACCCUGGAAGUGGAGGUGUGCGGCAGAGGAGGAGAGGCUAUGAGCUGGAUCAAAAGGCUCUGCAGGCUAGGACCAGUCUGGAGCUGGUGGUUCCUCAUUAAAGUUAAGUUAUGCCUGUUCAUUCCUCACUUUAACUCAGCAUGGUCAGUGCAGAGGUCAUAGAAUCAGAGCUGGAAGGAACUCCAAGUGCCAUCUUGUCCAACCCCCUGCAAUGCAGGAAUCUCAACACAAGGUCCCGCAUCCAGUUUGACCCUGCUUAGCUUUGCACAUGUGCUAGCAGUUUUAUAGCUGUGCCACUAGGAGGGUCAUAAUUGAAGGGUAUUAAGGAUUUAAAGUGCAUAUUUUUAUGAACAUGGCAUAAUUGAGGUUUUUAAAUACUGCUGCAGAUAGACCAGGGAGGAGCAAAGUAGCUUCUCUCCUAGAGCCCAAAUUUUUGUACUAAGCCAUGGUACCAAGCAGAUAUCUGAUGUGCCGAAUGUCUUGUGCUUCUGCUACAUGGGGAAGUUUUUUGCAUGUAAAAUCAAGUUCUACUAUCAAGACAAGACAGUAAUAACCUAAUUGUAGGUUUUAUGAUAAUCUGCUUUUUCAGUCUUCAGUGAAAAUGUUUUAUGACAUCAGAAAAGCAAAUCAAAUAAAACCCUGGUCAAACUUUUGAUUACUCUGCUGGUAAAAUGUUGCCUUUAUUUAAGGUUUGCCUGCUGAUACAAAUACUGAACUAGAAAUAACAGUGCCAACAAGAGCUCCUGGGAGCCAUGUGAUUCAUGACUCCUCUGGUGAGAGUCCAGCUCCCCAUGUGAAAAUUACUGCAGCAACUUGGCUGUUAAAUUUGCUUAGUGACCAUUAAUUUAUUUCUUGUAGUAUUUGUGAGACGCAUUUGCUUUCUUUAUUUAGACACCCAAAAUGAUGUAGCACAUUAAAGUUAUAAAGAGCAAAUGCAUUCUUUUAUGCCUCUUAUUCAGUUUCCCCUCUUUAUUUGUACAAGGAGGGACACUUAUUAGCACACACUGAAGAAUUCACAUUUAAUUCCAACCUAUAUCCCUGCUUGCACUAUCCCGUGACAUCAUUUCAUCCGCGUAGCCUGGGUUUGCUGGUAGGUAUGACUUUUUGGCAUGGGAACAUGGGGCAGAACGGGCAAAACUUGCUUCCAAAACUGGUCAUAGUUAUUUCUGGGUUUUAUGUAACUCUGCAUGCUUCCAGCACAUAGUUCUGCUCACAUUGCAUGACAUAGUUAUUGUUAGGGUGGGUGCACACAGGAGUUGCUAUGAUACGAUACGAUAAUCUUUAUUGUCAUUAUCCCAUACAGAACAGCAAAAUUGAAAAAUCUACAUAAGACAUUCACAAACCAACAAGCCAGCUAUUCCAGCCUGGUUAGCCCCCUAAAAACUCUGAUACCCCAUUUUAAAAUACAAUAUACUCCCAUAGAGACUCCUUAUACUGCGUUUAAAACCAAAAUCGCAUUUGGGUAGAAACUGUUUCUCAGAUGGCUAUUCCUAGUCUUUAUAACCCUGUACCUUCUUCCAGAAGGCAGAAGAUACAGAUUACUGGGGAGCUCCUUAGCUUUUCGGCUUUAGACUGCUGUAAUAACCUCACUUACCUGGUUGCAAGCUCCUACUUGAAUUCAAUGGAAUUUACUUCUGAGUAGAUGUGGUUACGUUUGCAGCCAAGGUAGGUAGGUAUGUGAAGAUGAGGACAUAAUCUUUCCAUAUAUGUCAGCAUGCAAAUUUAGGGAACUUCCUGCCAGAGGUUUCAAGUUUCCUACUUGUUAUGACUUCAGACCUUCUGUCGAAAUGCAGGUCAGCUUGACUCCCAAUUAAAAUAUUGGGUACAGUUAAGGUGGAGUAACUUUUAAAUUAAUACUCUUAUCUGUAGACCAUUAAAAAGAAAAGUAAAAAACUUGAUGUAUUGCCAAAGACACAAUCUGCAGAAGUUUUUGUGGCUGUGGGGCAGUAAGUUGAAAAUCUGUAAGGUAUGCAAGUUGAAGCAGUAUGCUUCCUCCUAUAGACAUUUGAUUUCCUUGUCCCCUUAGUAAUUGUUUGCUAACCUUAGCCUAUGUGUCUUAUUCUGUAUUUAAGUAUUUGAACUUUUCUCAUUAACUUAUCUAAGCAUCGUGCUUUCAUACUGUUUAAAAUUACACUCAGUUGCCAUCAAAGAUUUCUUCCAUCACUUGCAACUUAGCCCAGCUAAAGGAAUCAUUGCACAUAUCCAUGUUGUGUGUGUCACUGUGCUGUGCACUGGAAUGUGCAUACACAUGUGGUUGAAUGAGGUGGAAGGUGGUAUAAUACAUAAUCACACUUCAGGCUGCUGACGGGGAUAACAUUUUAUGAACGUUCUCCUUUGUUUUUGUUUUUGUUUUUGUUUAAUAGAAAGCGGCACUAGAACUUUUCUCCAUGCCUUUAUAGAUUUUUAAAAAGUAAAGGACCCCUAACGGUUAAGUCCAGUCGCAGAUGACACUGCAGGGCUCAUCUCUCUUUACAGGCCGAGGGACCCGGUGUUUGUCCGCAGACAGUUUUUCCGGGUCAUGUGGCCAGCAUGACUAAGCCGCUUCUGGCACAACGGAACACCGAAACCAGAGCGGUACCUAUUUAUCUAAUUGCAGUUUUGGGUGUGCUUUCGAACUGCUAGGUUGACAGGAGCAGGGACCGAGCAACGGGAGCUCAUCCCAUCGAGGGGAUUCUAACCGCCGACCUUCUGAUCAGCAAGCCCAAGAAGCUCAGUGGUUUAGACCACAGCACCACUCGCGUCCCUUCUUAUAGAUUUUUACUUACAGAGGUGUUUGGGUUUUUUGCUUUUGAAAAAAACACCUUCAAGGAGUAUUCAAAGAUGACAUCCUUCCCAUUUUGAAGUGAUGCUGUCUACAGUACCAGAUAGUGCUGUGUGAUUCUUACCUCCCUGUGCUGCAUUACUUCUGACACUUUUCCUCCUAGUCUGGCUAACUCAGUGGCUUGGACUGGUUCACGGUCCCAUAGACCUUGCGGUGGGCCAGAGUGUGCGCGUGCAUGCACAUAUGCUUUUUUCAGCGCUCCUUCCGGUGCAGAGGAGGCAUGCACAGCUUCCCAUUGGCUACAGGAGCCGACCGAGCAGGUGGGGGUCCCCGAGCAGGCGGAGCCGACCGAGCAGGUGGGGGUCCCCGAGCAGGCGGUAGGGGUCCAUGGGCCUUAGGUUGCUGACCCCUGGGCUAACUUCUGGUAUCAGAGCUAGGCCUGGAGAAAAGUACCUGGGGCAAUGGGGCACAAAGGGGUAAGAUGAGAAGAGAGGAAAGCUCAGCUUCUCACCUGUGUGUUGUUUUUUUUUCAGAUGAAAAAAUAGACUUAAAAAAAAAAAAAUUAGCCUAUGAGUUACUGGACCUAUUUGCACGGUAUAUUGUAAAGUAGGAAAGUAAAUUUUAAAAUAAUUUUUAAGAGAGAGAGAGAAACAGCUCCCUAGAGUGUAAGCCAAAGAAUUAAAGAGUGCAGAAUAAUUUGCUUAAAUUUAGAGUGCUGAUAAAGGACAUCUUAGGCAAUAAUUGCCAGUUUCAAUAAUCUUUUACUGCUUUUUAUGAAACACAUUGAAAUAGGGUAGGUAGUUCGCAAAUCCAGCUCUGUUCCCAGUUCUCCAGAAUGCUGAAACGGCAAUCUUGGUCUCUUGACUAUAUGCAAUGUUAUAUGCACACCUUUGCUUAACUCAGUCUGGUUUCAGUCAUGUCAAAAUAAAAUAUGAAUUGCAAACCCUUUCAUGAAAUUCUGCAGGGGCAAGGAGGACAAUAUGCAAGUUCUGUUGGGGAUGCUUGAGUAAACAUCAUAUAUUAUGCAUGUAUCAAUGUGACAAAUUUUUAUCAACACAGAGUGUAAAUAGUUAAAGGGGAUGUAAAUAAGUCUGGCACUUUUAAAAACCAACCAAAAGAUGGCUUGAAGUAUGUCUCUCUGAUCAUCUUUGACAUAUCUAGGUCACAUUUAACCUUUUAUAAUUGAAAGGUUUGCUGAUUUCUUUGCAUAACUUUACAGUGCAAUUGGAAGCUAGUGAAAAAUGUGUGCUUUUUGGGGGGGGUGUGUCCUGUGGCAAGUGUCUUAAUUAUAGAUCAGAUUCUACUUAAACUCCUCCUCUCAUAUAGAAAGUUUGAUUUUGAAACGUCUUUGCUGACGGAUUGUAAGGCUUUCGUUUUCCCCGCCCCUUCAUUCAGACUUUACAAACAGAAACUAUCUGCCAAGUGCUGUCAGGCUGCUUGGACCUUAGCUGCAGAUAUUCUGCCUUAUUUCAAGUUGAGCUGCGUAGUUCAGCUAUGCAUAAAAGAACGAAAAGCCUGUCAAAAAUUAGCUGCCUCUUACCUAAGAGCUGGCAGUAGAGCAUAAGAGUCCUAAUCCUGGGUUGGUGGGUCAAGCCCCACAUUGAGCAAAAAGAUUCCUUCAUUGCAGGGGAUUGGAUUAGAUGACCCUCGUGGUCCCUUCCAACUAUACAAUUCUGUGAUUCUAUAUUUAGCCAUUCUACGGAAAUUAUCAAUGCAUUUGGACAUCACCAAAUGUGGGGUGGGGUGGGUGUUUAGUUGGGUGUGGGAAUUUGUUUAAUUUAAUUAUGUUGUGUUUGUAACUUUGUUUUUUGUUUUUAUAGUUUUAUUGUUCUGUUAGUUUGUUUUUGUAUAGGCUUUAAUUUGAUUUUAAGGGGAGGGGUCAGGGCUGCCUGGGAGUGGGUCCCAGCAAACAAAAUGGCUGGGGCAGGUUCCACAGGGGGGGAUGCACUCGGACAACCGAUCUCAGUGAUCACGGGUAGGAGGAGGAGUUACGCUAAGACCAGACCAUGUCAUUACCGAGGAAGCAGGCUUAGUCGUUGUUUGAGGACUAUCCCUGCCUCCAGGUCUGGUCCUGACCGGAAGGAUACUGGAAUCAACAAGGGAAACCCACAUGACCUGAAAGUGUUGCUGUGCAAUGCCAGGUCAAUGAUGAAUAAAACCUCUGCCAUCCACGACCUGAUUGUGGAUGGAGGAUUUGACCUGGCAUGUGUGACAGAGACCUGGUUGGAUGAAGCAGAUGGGCCCGUCCUUGCCGCUGCUUGUCCACCAGGUUUCUCUUACGCACAGCAACCCAGGCCUUGUGGGCGGGGAGGGGGUUGCAGUGAUUUUUAGGAAGUCAUUAGUUUGCACCAGGCGUCCUAUUGGAAAGACCCAGUUCUCUGAGUGCAUGUUCUGGAAGUUGGGCAAUAGGGGCAGUACAGGAUUCCUAUUGGUGUACCGACCUCCCCGCUGCACCAAGGAUUCCCUGCCCGAGCUGCUUCAGGUCGUGGCGGAUGUCCUCCUGGAGACACCUAGUUUGGUUGUCCUAGGGGAUUUUAACAUCCAUGCCGACACGACCUUACAAGGGGCCGCUCGGGACUUCGUGGAAAGCAUGGCCUCCAUGGGGCUGUCCCUGAAUAAGUCUGGCCCAACUCAUAGCCACGGGCAUGCCUUAGACCUGGUGUUCACCUCUAUGGAUGUUGGUGAUCUGACAUUAAGUAAAAGCGAAACCAAAGAAGUGCCAUGGUCAGAUCACUUCCUGGUGCAACUGGACUUCUCCGUGACCCUUCCUCUGCAGGGAGGCGGGACCGAUUCAGAUGGUCCGCCCCGCCACUUAAUGGAUCCAAAUGGUUUCCAGAGAGUGGUAGGGGAUGUUUUAUCCCAUGUUGAUGGCCUUUCAGCUGAUUCCCUGGUGGCCCGCUGGAAUGUGGAGUUAACCAGGGCUAUUGACUGUUUGGCUCCAAAGCGCCCUCUCCGAUUGCAUGGAGUCCGGACAGCCCCGUGGUUUUCCACGGAUCUGAGGGCAAUGAAACAAUCGCUGAGACGGCUAGAGCGCCGGUGGCGGAUAACCCAUUCUGAAUCUGACCGGACACGGGUUAGAGCUCAAUGUCGAGCCUACCAAGUGGCGAUAGCGACGGCGAAGAAGACUUUCUUCACCGCCUCUAUUGCAUCUGCGGAAAACAGCAGCAGGAGACUCUUUCAGGUGGUUCGCAAUUUAGCGGAACCACCUGCUCCAUCAGGGCCCAGUAGCGGCCACAUGAUCUCCUGCAAUGACUUUGCAAAGUUUUUUGCAGAUAAAGUCGCUCAGAUUCGAGAAGAGGUAGACUCCACCGUGGGAGCAGGGCCGGGGCGGGAGAGUGCUAGAGUCCUGUCUAGUCAAGUUGUGUGGGAUCAAUUCCAAUCUGUUACCCCGAGGAUGUGGACAGGCUGCUUGGACGAGUGAAACCAACCACUUGCCUCCUUGAUCCUUGCCCAUCCUGGCUUAUAAAAGCUAGCCGGGAAGGACUGGGCGAUGGGCUUCGUGGGGUGGUGACUGCUUCCCUCCGCCCGGGAGCCUUCCCAGACCCGCUGCAAGAGGCUGUUAUUAACCCCCUUCUUAAAACACCCACGUUAGAUGCGGCCACGAUAGCCAACUAUCGCCCAGUCUCAAAUCUUCCAUUCUUGGGCAAGGUGAUUGAGCGAGUGGUUGCUGAACAACUCCAGGCACGCCUGGAAGAAGCGGACCAUUUGGAUCCCUUCCAGUCGGGAUUCAGGCCUCAUCAUGGGACUGAAACUGCCUUGGUCGCACUGGUUGAUGAUCUCCGGCGGGCUAGGGACAAAGGUGAGAGCUGUUUCCUAGUUCUGCUGGAUCUCUCAGCGGCGUUUGAUA